AUGACACCUAAUAAGGAUUGGUUUGAAAGCUACACAAAGGUUGAUGGUGGUCAAGUGUUGCUUGGAAACAACAAGCUGUGGAUGAUUGUGGGAAUUGGAAUAGUAAGGAACAAGACUCAUGAUGGAGUGGAGAGGACACUUAUUGAGGAGUACAAGAAAAUGGAAUAUAUUACAUCAGUGAAUCAAUGGAACAAAAAGAAGCUUCAGUUUCUAGGAAAGUUGGGAGUUAUAGAAUCAAUAAAAACAAAAUUAGGUGCUAGGUUGAUGAGUAUUUUUAAGAAAGGAUCUCUAGGACAUUUAUUAGACUUAAAGAUUACACCCAUGAAUGCACUAGUACACCAUAUGGUGCUUAGGACUCUAGAGAGUGGAGAUGAUGAAUUAAAAUACAUGGUGAAUGACCAUGUAUUUAGUUUUGGUUUGAAAGAGUUUAGUAUUAUCAUGGGAUUGAAAACAAAAAUAGAUCCUUCUAUAGAAAGCAUGACAUUUAAGCGGGGUUCUAUUUGGACAAACUUAUUUCUUGAAAAUAAAUUGGUCACAAAAAAACAAUUAGAAGAGACUUUUAUAAAAUAUGAUGGAUGUGAUGAGGAUUUGUUGUUGAAGCUUGCUAGGUUACAUUUAGUAGAAAAUUUUCUUCUUGGCAGCCAACCAACAAAAGUUAUUGAAAAAAAACACAUAGAUAUGGUGGAUAAUUAUUUUGUUUUUGAUGAUUAUCAUUGGGGGAGAGUAUCAUUUGAUCUCACCUUUAAAGGGCUCAAAAAGGCACCACAUAGGACGAGUGAUGGGGGGAAUUAUCCUGUUGAUGGAUGUGCAAUUGCCUUACAAAUUUUUGCAUUUGAGAUCAUAGGAACUACCCAUAUCUAUGCAAACAAAAUAGGAGACCAAAUCCCUAGAAUAACAAAUUGGUCUUCUACUGAGCAACAGACUUUUGAGAACAUUUCCACCAAGGUGUUUCAGGCUCCCAAUGUUUCUUUAUUUCAAAUGAUACCAACUGAUGAAGAGAUGAGGAAAAGCUACAUGGUUGAAUUCAGAGAUGUUGAAUUCAAUGAGGAAAUUCAAGAAGAAGCUGGACAAUCUUCUAAAGCUGAGUACAAUUUCGACAUUAGUGAGCUUCUCAGACAAAAUGAGAAGCUUCUCAAACAAAAUGAGAAGAUUUUGAGACAAAAUGAUCGCUUGGAAUCUGAAAUAAAUGACAUGAAGAGGAUCAUUUGUGCCAUCCACAAGAAAUUUUUUGAAGACAACUUGGAAAAAAACAAAAGCAAUACAAAUGUGUCAUCAGCAAGGAGAACAGCAGAGGCACAAACAUAUGAUCAAGAAGAACCAAUGGAGGUAUAUCUAGUUUGGGUUAAGGAUGAAUCACCAAUAAUGACCAGCCCAUCACCACUGCAACAAGAACCUGCUGAAGUACAAAUUGAAGUUGAAAUUGAGGAACAAGCAACAACUGUUGAAGGAAAAGAACAAGAAAAUAUUGAACAACAAGUUGAAAUUGAGGAACAAUCAGCUGCAAUUGUAGAACAAGAACAUCAACAAGAGCAAGAAAAUAUAGAAACACAAUUUCAAAUUCUGAAAAAAAAAAAGAAAAGAAGCAAGGAGUGUACACAAGAAAAAAGAAAGUAG